AUGGAUUCCUCAGAACCGACCGUGUCGGAGCCAAAAUAUAUCAAUUUCCCUUGUCUACCUCCGGACGCCAAACACCCAGAUGGUUCCCCCGCACUGAACCGGUGGUCAUCGGCCAUCACAAAGGGUCAUGAUUUCCCGGGCGCAAGAGCUAUGCUUUUCGCGGCUGGUGUCCCAGACAAGGAAGCGAUGGCCAAGGCCCCGCAUGUGGGAAUUGCGUCCGUUUGGUGGGAGGGUAAUCCAUGCAAUAUGCAUUUGAUGGAUUUGGGAAAAACUGUGAAGAAAGCUGUGGUGGAGAAGGGCAUGCUCGGGUGGCAGUAUAACACCAUUGGUGUCUCAGAUGCAAUUACCAUGGGCAACGAUGGCAUGAGAUUCUCCCUCCAAACUCGAGAAGUUAUCGCGGAUAGCGUGGAGACUGUCACCUGUGCUCAGGCUCACGAUGCCUGUAUCGCUAUUCCCGGCUGCGAUAAAAACAUGCCCGGUGUGGUCAUGGCCAUGGCGCGUCAUAACCGCCCAUCAAUCAUGAUCUACGGUGGUACCAUAAAUAUCGGAUACUCAAAGACCCUCCGAAAACCUAUCAACGUCUCAACCUGCUUUGAGGCGGCUGGUGCAUAUGCAUACGAUAGCCUCAAGCAGCCCGACGACGGCGGCGACACUAGCAAGACCAAGGAUGAGAUCAUGGAUGACCUCGAGAGGCACGCUUGUCCUACCGCCGGUGCAUGUGGCGGUAUGUUCACCGCAAACACCAUGGCCACCGCCAUCGAGUCUAUGGGUCUGUCUUUGCCCGGAUCAUCGUCUACCCCCGCUUCAUCCCCCACAAAGAUGCGCGAGUGUGUGCGUGUUGCCGAUGCUAUCAAGGUCUGCAUGGAGAAGAACAUUCGGCCACGCGAUUUGCUCACCAAGCGAGCUUUCGACAAUGCUCUGGUGAUGACCAUGGCUCUGGGUGGUAGCACCAACGGUGUCCUACAUUUCCUGGCCAUGGCCCGCACAGCGGAAAUUGACUUGACUUUGGACGAUAUCCAGCGUGUCAGCAACAAGAUCCCCUUUAUUGCCGAUCUGUCGCCCAGUGGCAAGUACUAUAUGGCGGACCUUUACGAGAUCGGCGGCAUUCCGUCCGUGCAGAAGCUGCUGAUCGCAGCGGGUCUAUUGGAUGGCGAUAUCCCCACCGUGACUGGCAAGACUCUAGCCGAAAAUGUGGCAUCUUGGCCCUCACUUCCCCAGGAACAGACUCUCAUUCGUCCGUUGUCGAAUCCUAUCAAGGCGACGGGUCAUCUUCAGAUUCUGCGUGGCAAUCUCGCACCUGGCGGUGCGGUCGCCAAGAUUACUGGUAAAGAGGGUCUCCGGUUCACAGGAAAGGCUCGCGUUUUCAACAAGGAGCAUGAGCUUAAUGAGGCCCUGGACGAAGGCCGUAUUCCCCGCGGUGAGAAUCUGGUUUUGAUUGUUCGCUAUGAAGGUCCCAAGGGUGGACCUGGCAUGCCGGAGCAGCUGAAGGCCAGUGCCGCACUCAUGGGCGCUAAAUUGAACAACAUUGCACUUAUCACGGAUGGACGUUACUCUGGUGCGAGCCACGGAUUCAUUGUUGGUCACAUUACACCCGAGGCUGCCGUUGGCGGUCCCAUUGGCCUUGUCAAAGACGGAGAUGUUAUUACUAUCGAUGCGGACACUAAUGAGUUGUCAAUGGCUGUAUCUGACGAGGAGCUUCAGGAGCGCCGUCGGCAGUGGACUCCACCCGUGCCCCAGAUUACUCGGGGUGUGUUGGCCAAAUAUGCACGCCUGGUGGGCGACGCUUCUCAUGGCGCCAUGACAGAUCUAUUCUAG